UUUCAAUGCCAUGAAUAUUUUUCAUCUAUCGUAUAGGGACACAAUGCAAAGAUGACAAAUACAUUACAACUGAAAACUUUUAUAAUACUGAAGAAGGAAAUAACAUUCAGUGCUACAAUGUUUAUACGUUUUCGGAAGAAUAUGAUUUAAGAGAACUCGGAUGUUAUCGUAGAUAUUCAGAAGAGAAUAUAUUUUCAUUUUCGCUGACAUCUGAAAAAGAACCUAUUACAUGUUUAUCGCUUACGUACAUAUUAAAAAGUUCAAAUAAUAGAAAAUAUGAACUCAUGAUUUUUGACCAACUUUUAAAAAAAAAAAUAUUUUCAGUCGAAUUAGAAAAAGGAGACGAUAUAAAAACUUUAAGAUUAAAUAAUAUCUUCUUAUUGAUAACACGAGAGUACAAUAUAUCAUUACAAUUAUCAAAUCCAUAUUAUGAAUAUAACAAUUAUGAAUAUACUGAAACAAAGUUUCAACUCGUAAAGAUUUCACACUGUUCAACGAGCAAAAAAGAAGUCAAACCUUUACAAGAAUCAAAUGAUUUGAUGCACCCUUAUUCAAUAAAUGUACUAGGAGUCGGUUCUCAUCGACGAAAAUAUGAUGGCCAUCAAGUUACAAAAGAUACAAGUGGUUGUCUUCACGGUGGAUACAAGUUAUAUCCAUUAUCGAGGUGUAUUUGUCCUCCUGGCUUUACAGGACCAAUUUGUGAAACAGGUUGUGGACCGAAUUCAUUUGGAGCUGAUUGUAAGGGAAUUUGCUCCUUACAUGAUAGAAUGUGUCGUGGUAUGUUAAUGUGUACGACUUAUGGAUGUACGUGUCCAGUGGGACUAACUGGCCCAUGGUGCAACCAAGAUUGUGAAUCAGGAAAAUAUGGUGCUGAUUGUAAUCAAACUUGUUCUUCGAAUUGUUAUAAAAAUUCAUGUGACCCGUAUACAGGUAUCUGCUCUCGUGGAUGUGUUCCCGGAUACGUUUUUCCACGUUGUCUUGAAAAAUAUCCAUACCUCAUAAAUCCGCCUGAACUAAUUUCAAGUCAGUACGAGUCAUUAGAAAUUAAAUUGAAUUUAAAUUCUACAAAUAUAAAAGGUGGAGACACCAACAUAGAGCUGAAAUAUUAUCAAUUACUGUAUAAGAUACUAGGCGAACAAUCCUACAACACUUCAGACAUCAAUUUCAUUUUAAACGACACCAAGGUAACGAGCAUUAUAAAUCACUUAGAACCAGGUACCGCAUAUGAAGUUGGUGCUAUCCUUAUAACAAACGAUGGGAAUUUCAAUGACCAAGACAUAAUAUACGGUCAAUAUAAUACGACUUGUAAGCGUAAGUAUUCUUCGAUUAAUCUCUAAAAUUAUUAAAUUGAG